ACUUUGAAGCAGAUGGAAGCCAAUUCAUUCUUUAACCGCGCAUUCCACCAUCACUCAGCAGGCUUUUCAUAGUCCCGAGAUCGUGACAAUAGAAUAUCUAUCUCACAAUUCUACAUUGCGUGUCACUCGAUAACUUGGCCAUCUCGCGACCUUUUUUUAUAUAGAAAGUCUGGUUUAAACCGUCCUAGUAUCUAGUUUCAUUCCAGUACACAGUCGUGUCACGACUAUCGUAAAUGAAUCAGGAUUAUUUCCUGUCAUCGCUUGAAAGAACUUGGGCGAGGCUGUCUCAAGUCGCUGUCCAUGGCGCAGAAUAUGACUCCCGUGAACGACAGCCCCACCCGAAAUGUUUGGAAGGGACUCGGGUGGACCUUCUCGACUACAUCUACAGGUUGCUAGACAACCGAGGGCAAAGUCGAUUCAUCUGGCUACAUGGUACUGCUGGAGUUGGAAAGUCUGCCGUUGCGUUCACUGUAGCUGAAAGGAUGAGAAGUCUAAAAGUGACAGAGGAGACGAAUGAAGAAAAGCGGCUCGCAGGAACAUUCUUUUUCUCACAAAAACACACCGAACGCUGCACGACCGCAUAUUUUUUUGCGACACUUGUCUAUCAGCUUGCUAGCAAUUUUCCCAGCAUCCGGGCGGGUGUGAGCAAAUCGAUCCGCGACAAUCCCGCUCUCUUAGAUCCCAGCAAGUCUCUCCGCGUCCAGGUGGAGACGCUCUUUCUCCAACCACUCCGUGGGCUUCACCUCAGAUUGCGUGGGUGUCAGCCUUUGACUUUUAUUGUUGAUGCCCUUGAUGAGUGCACAUCCGAAUUUGAGCUUGCCGAUCUCAUCCUUUCCCUUGCACGGGUUCUUCAUGAGCCUGAUCUGCCCGCGAUCCACAUUCUUCUCACAAGUCGCUCGGAAUUACAUAUAUGUAGAACCAUGGAAAAUGAAGAAGUGCGGUCGUUGGUGUGCGAGAUACCAGCGACCAUCUCUGGAAAGGGCAUUGGUAGCAUCAUCUCAUUGGACAGCGCUAAUGUCGACAAUGACAUCUAUAUCUUCUUGCGGCAUUCCUUCGGACAGCUGGGGAGUCGCCAUCUUGACUUUCCUCAACCAUCGACUGAACAACUUGAGCGACUUGCAAGCCGGGCGGGCGGACGUUUCAUUGUAGCGUCUACGAUGAUGAAGUUUAUCGACAAUGAAGACAAUGAUCCCUACGAUCAGCUGAUGCUGAUGCUCGAGCUAACAAGCGAGCUGCUACCGGGAACAGAUGUGUUCAAGUUUUACGAUUGUAUCCUCUCUACGUGUGCCGACCCUAAGCGGGCAUAUCUGCAAUUGUCUGUCGUUGCUGCUCUCACAGAUCCUCUGCCUCUCUCGCAAAUCUCGACACUGCUUGGCCCCAGUUUGGGCAAGGAUGUCGAGACGACUCUGAUGCAGUUGCGGUCUGUCAUGGAUAUCCCUGCAGACAGCACUCUCCCCGUGAAUAUCUAUCAUUCCUCCAUUCGCGACUAUGUUUCAGAUACCUUAAAUUACAGCCUCUGUCAAGUACACGAUAUGCCAUCACCUCACUGCCUACUCGUCCAUUCCUCUUUCCGCUUGAUGAUGAAAGGCAUUCCAAAAAAUGCUGCACUUCUUGAUGCCCUCUCGCAAUUGGAGGAGCAGAGCUGCGCUAUGGAACGCGAGUGCCCCCAUGUACUAAAGCACUCAUUGGCCUUCCUCAUUCAACCGCCGGAGCCACUGUCAGUCCUUAGCGCUAUUUUAUGGCUUUGGGGAGAUCGCAGUUCACAUUCACAAUCUUGGCUAGAGACUGUAGAGGGUCGCAACUAGCUGCUGUGGAUUGAAGCUGGGAAAAACUGGCUGCUGAACUAAAGA